UGUUUACAGACCGCAUCCUCACCAUCACCAAUACCGUUUAUCAAGGUUUUGCUUCAAUGACGGAAUUAGGGCUUUAGCAUUCCCGCUCGAAAUUACAGAAAUCUACUAUGGAGUCAGCCGCUUCAGUGCUCUGUUAUAAGGUCACCCCUUUCGCCUCCACUUUCUCGCAAAAUUCUCAUUUGAUUUCUCUCAGACCUUUCAGCAAGCAGGUUCCGCGCAAUAUUUUCUCUCUGAAAACCUCACUGAGAUGCUCUCUUCCAUUUCCCCCCAAUUCCUCCACUCUAUCGCCCUCCAAAUCCACUUCUAAUUACAAAAUCCGCUCGCUCAAAUGCUCUUAUUCGACCUCGCCGCCGCCGUUAGAUUCGGAUUGGCUGAAGCCACUCAAAAAUUUAUCCUUCGAAUCGCUAAAAUCAUCCCUCGCCCAAUUGACCCCCCUCGACGUGUGCAAAUGGUGCUUGGCGCUCUCCGCCGCGAUCGCGGCGUCGAAAUCGGCGGCGAAUCUGCUCCUCAGUCCGUUUUUCUGGAUGUACUUCAGUUGGACCUGGGUGUUCUGGCCGUGGGCGGCGGCAAUUGCGAUCGGCGCGUACGGCCUCUACAGCCUGGGAAGACACCUGAAGGGCGAAGCCACGGUGGUGGAGCAGCUCAGCAUCGUGACAUCGGCAUUCACGUGGCUGACGCUGGUGCCGCCGGCACAUUUCAACGGAUUCCUCGAGGGCUGGCCGUUCGUCUUCUUCUUCAUCUACCACUACUUCUUCUUCCUCCACGUCAGCGUGCGCAAGCGUCUCUACGGCGACUACUACGCCCGCGAUCACGAUGCGAAAUGGGACAUCGUGCUGCCGAGGUGGCAGCGCCUUCUGUUCUGCGGCGGCGUGACGGCGGCGCAUUGGGCGGCGGCGUUUGAAGGGGUGGAGCUGCAUUUGGUCCCGGGGGGUUGGAGCAAUGUGGCGAUUUGGGGGAUGAUUGGUUUGGCUGUGUUUAUGCAAUACCAUUCCACCUUGUAUUUGGCGAAUUAUUCGGAGAAGGUGGUGGUGCCGACUGCGGUGGUGCAGUUUGGGCCUUAUAGGCUCGUCCGGCACCCCAUUUACGCGUCCACGAUGCUGCUGUUUGUCACUUAUUUUGCGGCGUUGAGGGCUCCGGUGAGUGCUCUGUUGGUCGUGGUGGUGUGCUUGUUGUAUUAUGGGCGGAAGGCGGAGGCCGAGGAGGCGGUGAUGGUGGAGGCGUUUGGGGAGAGGUAUACUGAGUAUGUGUCUAAGGUUACUUACAAGUUGAUUCCUUUUCUUUAUUAGUUGUGUUGAAGAAACUCAAGAUUUGAUCAUAUUUUGGCUUGUUUAUUUUAGACAAUGUUGUAAAAGAUCAAUAUGUUUUUGCAAUUUCAUCCAAACUCAUACACCAUUCUUGUACUAUUUCAUAUUGGGUUAUCCAAGCUUGCUUAGUAGUCA